CUGCGGUGAAGAAAAACCAAAAAGGAGAACGGGAGUGGAGCUGCCAUUGCAGAGACCAGCACCAGCCAUGGGGAGGGCUGCACAGCAAACCCUCCUGGCUUUACUCUGCCUGAUGGCAGCAGUUUGCACAGCCACAGAGAAGCGCUUGGCACGUCGUGACAGCCCCCAACAUGAAGGAGAUGUUGGACACCCUGGAAGACCAGGACUACCAGGACCACCAGGACCACCAGGACCACCAGGGCCCCCCGGACCACCAGGGUUCCACGGGAUUCCAGGCCAGCCAGGACCACCAGGACCUGCAGGACGGCCUGGUUUCCCAGGACCACCAGGCAUCCCGGGACCUCCAGGAGCACGGGGACCUCCAGGACCCCCAGGACCGCCAGGGGAGAAAGGUGUGAAGAAUUGCAAGGAGCUGUUAGCCAGAGGGUACAUGCUGAGUGGCUGGUACACCAUCUACCCCCAGGAGAGCAAGGCCAUGACUGUAAUGUGUGACAUGCAUACAGAUGGUGGUGGGUGGAUUGUUUUCCAGAGACGGGUGGAUGGUUCAGUGGAUUUUUUUCGGGACUGGAAUUCAUACCAGAGAGGCUUUGGCAGCCGGCUGGCAGACUUCUGGCUGGGAAAUGACAACAUUCACCUGCUGACAUCACUUGGAAUCAAUGAGCUGCGCAUUGACCUCGAAGACUUUGAAAACAACAAGACUUUUGCUAAGUACGGAUCAUUCAGUAUCUCCGGAGAGUCAGACAAGUACAAGCUGACUCUAGGGGACAUGACUGCUGGUGAUGCAGGGGAUUCACUGACUUACCACAACAACAUGAUGUUUUCAAGCAAAGAUCAGGACAAUGAUCUGGAUCCAAGUAACUGUGCCAGCACCCUGCGCGGAGGCUGGUGGUUCAAUAACUGUCUGAAGUCUAACCUGAAUGGGGAAUAUCUGCAUGGAGCCCACGAUUGCCCUGAUCGCGGCGUGAUCUGGAUCGAGGGCUGUGGGGACAAGUAUUCCUACAAGGUCUCCGAAAUGAAAAUCAGGCCUGCUUAGUAUACAUCGCAGAUGUAUUCCUUGCUCUCCUCAGUGCCUUUUUGCAAGACGUGCAAGCUGCUUUUGAGGCUUUUGCUGAAAUAUACAUGGUUUCUGCUGGGAGAACCUUGCUAGAGUCAGCUUUUACCUCACCUACAGAUGCUAAAGCUCAAAUGUCACCCUGAGUGACCUAGAUCUCUCCUCAUUAUGAUACAAAAUAGGGAUCAAUGCCACCUUCACUAUCCACUGCUUCUCUUCUUGCCCUUUCAUGAACCUGCCAUUGGUUCCAGAGGUAUAAGGAAAAUUAGGUGGUCAUUAAGAUGUAAGCUAUACCAUGCAUAUCAGCCAUUUAUUGCUUUUACUUUACGCACUACAUCUUUUGUAACUACAUGGAAUGAAUAAAGGCUUUGUUUGGAGGAUGA